AUGAUUCCCCUUUCCGGCAGACAUCAGAUCCACUCACUCUGCGCAGCCGUUAAGAACCCAGAUUCGGGCGUCCAUUCCUCCUCGGUCAACACCGCAGCUGGGGGAGGGGAAGAGGAGAAGAAGCGGAUCGAGGAGCUAGAGAAGGAGCUCGAAGGUGUCAAGGGCAAGAUGGGGGAGAAUGAGAAGGAGCAUGAGGAUCUUUUGGUAUUGCUGGAGGAGAUGAGUGAGAAGAGGAAGAAGGAUAGGGAGCGGAUAAAAGCGCUAGGCGGGGAGGUUAGUGAGGAUGAAGAGGAGGAUGAAGAGCUGGAGGUGGAUGAUGACAAGGAGGAUAAGGAAUGA